UGUAUUUUUCUUAUGGUAAAAUAUGGACAGCACUGUGGGUGGGGAGGACAAAUCUGGGACCAAAUGUGGAAUUUCCUCUCCUGACCACCCCGCCCCUCCUUGUGUAAGUAGGUCACUGUUAUCGGUACCCGCUAGAAGAGACAGGAGUAUAGAAGUGGGUGCUAGCAUGUCAGUAUAAGAGGUGUGUUCCUGUGGUGCAUAAGUCCUUCGAGGGUGUAUCUCAGGGGUGUGAAAGUGUGUCUGCAAUAGCCCUCCUGGGUGUGUCAAAACGUGAUUUCACAGGCAGAAUGACCCUUAAUGUGCAGAUUCGGGUGGUGAGAGUAGAUUGAAUUCAGUCUUAGGAUAAAAGAUGAAGUUUGUUGUUUGUUCCCCAGCCCGAAAGACUUCGGCAGUGCCCCCCCUGGGGUGGGUCUUGGAAAGAACAGGGCAGCGGUAGACUCUUCUCUGUUUCUCCCGUCCCCUUGGGCUUUUAGCCGCCGAAAGGGGGCUGUGCGGACCUAACACCGGGCUGGAAGGAAGAGGCGUAAGUCAACUUCCUCGCCGGCGGCAACCGCGGCGGCUGUGGCCGCGCGGGUGUGCGCAUCCCGCCCCCGGGUCGGGAAGGGGCGGAGCCGGGCGGAGCCCGCCCCCCGCGGUCCCCUCUUCCCUGCUGCUCCACUGAGAAGCGCCGGCCUCAGUCUCUGCCGCCUGCAGGAAGCUGGGAGCCGGGACCCCGGGCCGGGAGUGCGGGCUGGGCUGCGUGCACGGGCUCGGCCGCCGCUGCCGAAACUCCUAUAUAUCCAGGCUCCUCCCUCACCUCUUUGGAGCAGAUCCUCAGAGUAUCUGAGAGGCUGACUCCUGGCCUAUAGUCCUCAGUUGCAUCCCCGUGUAGCCAUGACGACUGCCAUCCUGGAGCGUCUGAGCACCCUGUCCGUGAGUGGACAGCAUCUGCGCCGCCUGCCCAAGAUUUUGGAGGAUGGGCUGCCCAAGAUGCCGGGCACCGUCCCGGAGACCGACGUGCCCCAGCUCUUCCGGGAGCCCUACAUCCAUGCUGGGUACCGCCCCACCGGCCACGAGUGGCGUUACUACUUCUUCAGCCUCUUUCAGAAACACAACGAGGUGGUCAACGUCUGGACCCACUUGUUGGCGGCUCUGGCCGUCCUCUUGCGGUUCUGGGCCUUUGUGGAGGCCGAGGGCCUGCCGUGGACCUCUGCCCACGCCCUGCCCCUGCUCCUCUACGUCCUGUCCUCCAUCACUUACCUCACCUUCAGCCUCCUGGCCCACCUGCUGCAGUCCAAGUCCGAGCUCUCCCACUACACCUUCUACUUUGUGGACUAUGUGGGCGUGAGCGUUUACCAGUACGGCAGUGCCUUGGUCCACUUCUUCUACACCUCUGACCAGGCCUGGUACGAGCACUUCUGGCUUUUCUUCCUGCCCGCAGCCGCCUUCUGUGGCUGGUUAUCUUGCGCCGGCUGCUGCUACGCUAAGUACCGUUACCGCAGGCCUUACCCAGUCAUGAGGAAGAUCUGUCAGGUGGUGCCGGCGGGGCUGGCCUUCAUCCUGGACAUCAGCCCCGUGGCACAUCGCGUGGUUCUGUGCCACCUGUCUGGCUGCCAGGAGCAGGCGGUCUGGUACCACUCCCUCCAGAUCGUCUUCUUCCUGGUCAGUGCCUACUUCUUCUCCUGCCCGGUUCCGGAGAAGUACUUCCCGGGUUCCUGUGACAUCGUGGGCCACGGGCAUCAGAUCUUCCACGCCUUUCUGUCUGUCUGCACACUGUCCCAGCUGGAGGCCAUCCUCCUAGACUACAAGGGGCGACAGGAGGUCUUCCUGCAACGCCACAGCCCCCUGUCCAUCUACGUGGCCUGCCUCUCAUUCCUCUUCUUGGUCGCCUGCAGUGCGGCCACUGCAGCCUUCUUGAGGCAAAAAAUCAAGGCCAGACUGACCAAGAAAGAUUCUUGAGGCCGGCAGGUGGGGCGCGGUGUGGAGCUGGCCUGAUAGGAUUUGGGGAAAACUUGAAUCAACAGUAGGAGUUGACUUUUUGUUUUUUAGAGCAGGCUUUUAAAUGAGUACAUAUUUCCAAGGGUGGCUAUGGCUAUGGCAUUAGGAAGCCAAAGGGUCCAAGAGUUUUGCUGUUAUUGUUGUGAAUGAAAGUAUUCCUUUAUCCUCUGGGCUGUAGCCUUACGAGACAUAGGAAGGGAAGGAACCUUGGCUAAGAUUCAUCGGACACUGAAUUAAGAACCAUCGUCAUGCCUGAAAAUUUAGUAGAAUUCUGACUGUGGCCUCCAGGGGCAAGGCCUGGUCUAAAGGGAUAAUCCAACCAGACUGGGAAAGUUAGGAGGUGGCUGGACCACACUGUAUUGAAGUGAGCAUUCUUCUAUGAUGCUGGUCUUUGGUAAUUGGGUACAUUGACCCAAGGACCCGAUUUCAUUUGGAUUUCAGAUUGUCCGGGGUGGAGAAGUCAGAAUCUUCAAGAAGAUUCCGUAAAACCCUCAGACAUCAUGAAUUACUCGGUUCGUCUGACUUCUGGUCCCUUCUCUGGCCCACUCUAGCACUGACCCUUUUCUCAGGAUGAUGUCUUCCUGGCUGUUUUCUCCCAAGUGCUGUUCACUCCCAUCUGUACCUUGCAUGGUGAUAGAGAGGACGAUGAAGCAGUCAUACUUCCAGGAAAUGCUUGGAUCCAUGUGGACAUUCAGGAAACUUACUCUCAUAUAAUACUAAUGGAAACAGUAGUAGAAAAUACAGUGCCAAGAGCCAUCAGGAGGUCCAGCCAGCAAGCAUGGAUACCGUUUGGUGUCAUGGGACCCUUCUGUUUUAUACCUGUGCAUUGCAGGAUUACUUGAGAUCUAUUAGGGCUGCUUUACAUGCCAGAAGGUCUGGAGCUUUUUCCAGAGCAUCUUCUCCAGAUUUUGACCAGCAUGUUCAAAAAGCCCCUGGUAGAGUGAAUUGGUUCUAAGAGUCCCACUAGGGAUCUGAUUAUUUCAAGAGGAACUCAAGGUCCAGCCUCUUAAAUAGAUGCUGCCCCAUGAAAGACCCGCAUAACUACCCUAGUUCAGGGUCCUCGGGGAGGCAGUUGUACCUCAGCUUAGAGCAGCUUAAAUUAAUCAAGCCCCAGGACAGGCACAUGUGUGCAUUCAUGGUGGAUUGGUCCCCGAAGGCUCCUUUGGGUGAGGAUGGUGAACUGGGCACCCUGUAGGCAGAAUGUUCUGUUUAGGACAUAGUUGCCCAGCAGCUUCUAUGGAAUGGGGGGGCUUGCGGUUGAUGUGUUCUGGCCACGCAGCCCCCCUGAGGACUGCCUUCUGCACUGAUCCAGUGAAGGGGGCUGCAUUGGAACCCUCCCCAGAGGCUGUAUUUCCUAUCAGUAUAAGGUCUCUGUUUACUAAAAAGGGAGGUGGGUUUUCAUUCCAGUUUGAUGAACCUCCUCUCUUCCUAGAUUACUUUGUUGUCUUCAUAUCUUUGUUUUCUUCCUUUCUCUUGAGAGAUGUGUAGGGAUUGUGCCUUAUAAAUGGAAAUGUACGAACUUAAUACACUUAAUACAUGGCCAUGUGGAAUUUUCAGUUUGGGGUUAUAGGCAUAAGGAAAAAAGAAUUAAUUGCCUUCCAACCCAUGGAUGAAGAAACUUCAGAAUACCAGAAUUGCUUAUCCAUCAGAAGACUCUUUCAACCUGUAUUUUGGAGGGAAAAAUUCAACUGAGGCUUUCCUGUAAUCUUUAUAUCAAGAAAUCGUAUGUCGGGACUUCCCUGGCAGUCCAGUGGUUAAGACUCUCCGCUUCCACUGCAGGGGGUGCGGGUUCAAUCCCUGGCCGGGGAACUGAGAUCCUGCAUGCCGUGGAGUGGCCGGAAAAAAAAAAAAAAAAAGCAAGCAUAUGUCUUGUCAGUUAUGUUGUUUUCCUAGAUGGAUUUCUCCUGGGAAUCCCCAAAUACCUGAACUUCUGUGCUACCCAAGUGUCUUACACGAGCUUCUGGCAUCCAGGCCAAAUUCACCGCCAAUAAAGUUAGCAACACCAAACCGGUUGAACUGAUGAACAAGGGAAUGGAAAGUUGUUGUCAACACAGUGCAAGUAGAAGGUCAGUUUAAAUGGAGAUGAGAAAGUGUCUGAAAUGUCUGUAAUUAUGGAUUCAGAGGCUAUCUUCUUUUAAAAAUUGGAAGGGAGAUGUAAGUCAAGCUCUUGCAUGUAACCAUGGUGGUCAUGGUGGGCAGAGAUCUUUAGGCCAAAUGCAGGUAUUUUUUAAGGGAGAAAACACAAGGUACAGCAGUGAUCCUCCAACGCCAUCCGCAGACCAGUGCCAUUCUGCACACACAUUGGUCUGUAACAAGAUAAGUACAGAGAGUCACUAAACUCUUAGAUAUGAACAUAAAAUUUAUAACAUUUUGAUUUUAAUUUACCCAAGUAUUGGUCCCUCAAGUACUGGAAAUUUAAAAAAAAAUUUUUCACCAGAGAUAUUUGAGAAGUGUUGAGGGACUACUUUCUGGUUAGAAAUUCCAGUAUCUCAUGAGAAAUAGAGAAACAGGAGAUGCAGGCGUUUUUAAAUACUCAGACUCUUAAGGGGUUAAAUACUCCUUUUAAAACAUUUUCAUUCAAACGAUUGAAUCAGUAAGGAAGAGACCUAGUUUGUUUAAAAGGAAUAAUAAGUAUUUGAUAAAGGGGAUGGUUCUUCUUAUUCCACCAAAGCCAAAAGUUGACAUCUAUUGGAAAUUCUCCUGUUACUGAUCUCUUUUUUACUAAGGCUUUCAACCUAUUAAAAUGUAAAUGCCUCUGGGGGAAAAAAAAAAACAUAAACUAAACUAUUAGUCAUUUAUGUCUUGGGAAUAAAAUGGGUAUUGUAUGUGGCCUGCUACUCAGGGUAGAGAGAGGGAAUAACAGGAUGCAGCGAAUUGGGGACCUAUUUGCCUGUUUGUUUCCCUCUUGCAAGCACUUCCUGACCUAUAUUUACUAGGGAGCUAAUGUUAAUACUCUUCAGAUGAUAGGGUUUCAUCUCCCACCUUGGCUGAAAGUACCUCACUCAGUAACUCUAUUCUCAGUCCUCUACUGGAAGCUUGAAAUAGUAGGCGCUCAAGCCAUGGAAUGGAGGUAGUUCUUUCCUGCCUCUGUUGCCCACCUGUUCACCAGUUGUACCCUGACGCUUGAAAACAUUAGGUUCUUCAGUUGCCACGCUGUACUUUCAAAUGGGUCCUCCAGAUGGUGCUCAUGUCUUACUCAGAGAAGGCAUGGCCAUUGUCCCCAAGGCCUCCGCCUAAUUUUGUUGUUCCUAGGGUUUUGCUUGAUUGCUUGGCAAAGAAAAAAUAGAACUAUUUUCUGUUUAUAUAAAUCUACUUACACAAAUGACCAUUUAACAGAUUUUGUAAAUGCAUUAUUGUGCUCUCAACAGCUACCUUGUGUCUUUGACAAGGCCUAUCUUAAAGAAAGGUUUUAUCUAGACAAACAUUGCCAGAAGGUGAUCAGGACACUUCAUAGCCACCUAGAAGUAGGAAAGUGUAAAAGCUUUGAAAAAAAUCUCCAUACCCAAAAUCUCAAAAUAUGCUCCCCCUCCCCCAAAUCCCCACUUGUGAGUAGAUCAAAUUGGGCCCCCUCCCCAAAAGCUAUGGAGUUGAUUUCUCUAAGGAUUUUCAAUCUAAUUGAAUAAAUAUUUUAAUCUCA